AUGGCGCGGUUGAAUGAUGAUCAAGAGGACUCGAUGGUCCACUCGACCGACAUACUGAGCCCGACGCCCUGUACACCGAAUAAACAGCACCUCACCUCGACGCUCGACACGCCAGACACCCACAGCGAGGCCGAUUCCGUCAGAGACGACGCAUCGGUGUCAGUCAAAGACUAUGGCUACCAGUCCUCCGCAUCGUCGACACGGCACUCCUCAAGUGACAUUUUCGGUCGCGAGGUAGACGAUGAGCUGGAGCAAAUGAAGUCUCGAGCGUCUAGUCGUUCUUCGUUUUCUUCGGUCCCAGCAUCCGUUCUGGUGCAUCCGUACGAACAGCAAAAGCCCAUUCCCACAAUCGAAGCGCAUGAGCGGGCGGGAGGCUAUACGACGGAGGAAGACGAAGCCAGCUUUGGGGGAUUCGAUGGGCCUCCUCCAAGAACAAUUCAUUCCAUUCGAUACCGUGAGGCGGCAUUCCGGAAGCCAAGCUCGGUGCGAGCAAUGCAGAUGCACACGGAAGACGAGGCGGACUCCGAUGAAUUCUUGACCCCGCCACGACGCCGGCCUGGCAUGCGCUCUCCGGGCUCGUCACCGCUGAAACGGUCGCCAUACUACUCACCUACCGCAUCUGCGAACAAGCCCAAGCCCAAGAAGGAGUUCCCGCUCGUGCUCCUACACUGCAACUUGCUUCCUCCAUCUCUGCCCGUCCCCGGUGCGGCCAACCCUCAAAAUGAGAAGAUUCUCGAGGAAGUCCUGCCUUCGCAGUUUUGGAAGCGGUGGAGGAGGCUCCAGGAUAAGGCGGGGUCGGGCAUGCUGCGCGAUCGAGGUGUCUUGAUUUCCCACCCCGAAGAUGUGUAUGACAUGCUCGAGGAGCGCCUAUUGGAGAGUCUGGAACUUCAACACUCACGAGUACGCAAUGGGCACUUCCUUGGACACGAAAGCGGUCCUGGUUCAGAGACAGAGCUCUCUGAGAAGGAUGAGAGCGAGACAGAUGGCGAGCAAGGCGAAGAGUGCCCCGACUGCGGUGGCCAUGCUCUUCGCCACGGCGACAGUAAUCGCAAGUGGGAAAUCAGGGUCUACGCUGCAAAUGGACUGAUGCGCGCCGGAGCUUGGGCUGCCGCUUGGAAAGAGAUGGAGAAGGUUGAUGUGGAGGUCGGACUAUGGCUGCCCUCCGAUGUGCGACGGGCCUUGGAGAAGCGACUGUCUGAGGCGCGGAUGGCUGUAGCCAAAGAGGAGCCUCGUUCCGCUGCUAUGGAAGAGCACCUGCAAUUUAUUCCCACAUCGCCACCCUCUUCUAUACAGGGGCAUGCCAGGGGUAUCAGUGAUACAUCUUUUCAACCCGAUGUCGCAAUUCCCAGGUUGUCAGCCACCGAAGACCGACACCAUCCAGCGCUGGAAGUGCGACAGGGCCAAAAACAGCACGAGGUUGCGCUUCAAACCCUUAUCGUCAACUAUAUUCGCGUGCUGGCGGGUGACCGACGCAAUGUGGCCCUGGUCGUCUUGAGCAUCCUCGUGGCCUUCCUCGCAAUUGGAUCCCAUCAGCGACCGCCACCUUCGUUCGAUGUGCGUCCUUUUCCUCGGGAAAUGUUUGAAUCAUCGGCACUGCCAAGUCUGAGCAUGGCGACAAUGGCUCCAGUGUCUUCUUCUGAAAACAUGGUCAGCUCGGCUAGCACGGACAUUCUGGAUUCAACUCCAUCAGUACCCGUGCCGGUGUCUGAAACGACAACGCCUGCAGUGAAGGAGGAAGCCUCUUCCCCAUCCGAGGCCGUGCAAUCAUCUACACAAACGGUUGAGCCCGCGGAAGCCGUUCCUGAGCCUGCAGUGGAAGUCCCAGUGGAAUUCGUAGCGGAAUACCCAGUGGAACCUGAAGUGGCAUCCCCAACAGAUUCUGCAGUGGAAAUGGAUGCAGAAGAGGCGGAGAGAGAAUCCCCAGAAGAACCUGCCGCACCGGAAGAAGCGCAACUCGAGACAGAAGAGGUCCCUGAAGAAACAUAUUGA